UUUGACUGUUUAAUACGCCUUCAUGGGAGGGACCAUAACCUUCAGGAAUAUAAGUAGUCAGCCUGACUCGUUCAUCUGUGUGAAGAGGAAACUUUCAGAAAGGCAGCACACUUCACUGCAAAGUCAACUCUCUUAACAAGUAUAACAGGCAAGAUGGUAAAAAAAGUGGCGGUGAUUUUGUCAGGCUGUGGCGUGUAUGAUGGCACAGAGGUUCAUGAGGCAUCUGCUGUAAUGGUACACCUGAGUCGAGCAGGUGCCAAGAUUCAGAUGUUUGCACCUGAUGUUGAGAUGAUGCAUGUGGUGAAUCACUGUGAAGGAAAGCCUGGCUUAGACAAGAGGAACGUGCUGGAGGAGAGCGCCCGCAUCGCCCGGGGUGAAGUCACUGACCUGGACAAGCUGGAGGUCAGCGCCUUUGAUGCACUCAUCAUUCCAGGUGGUUUUGGAGUGGCUAAAAACUUGAGUGACUGGGCCACCAAAGGCAAGGAUUACAGCAUCAAUGAUCAGGUUGAGAAGAUCAUUAAAGGUUUCCAUCAGGCGAAGAAACCCAUGGGCAUGUGCUGCAUCUCCCCUGUGCUGGCAGCCAAAGCUAUUCCAGGAUGUGAGCUCACUGUUGGCCAUGACUCUGAGUGUGAGAAGUGGCCGUACGCUCAGGUGGCAAAAACCAUGUCCGAAAUGGGCUGCAAACACAAAAACAAGAAUGUUGGUGAGGUGCAUGUGGAUUCAAAGAACAAACUGGUGACUACAAGUGCGUUCAUGUGCAACGCUCCCAUUCAUGAGAUCUUUGAUGGUCUGGGUGUCAUGAUCAAAGAAGUCCUUAAACUAGCCUAACUAUGUCAUUUGAAAGUCUGUAAGUUUUAAUAUUUAUUUAUGAAUAAAUACAUCACAAACCUGUCGAGCAGUUCUUUUUUGUAUAGGAAAAGCAGAACAAACCAUCUGUCAAUGUUUCUGUAUUUGUGGUAACAUAUUAUCAAUAAAACUGAAUUGAAUUUAAA